CUUUAAACGGGCAAACACAACAGGUGCAUAAAUUGUGUCUAGAACGGUUAAAUAGAAAAAUUAAGUGGAACAUUAAUUGAAUAUAAAAGUACUAAAUGUCAAUAUAAAUAUAGAGAAAGAAAUAAAUUUAAAAUUAUUAAAAAGUAAAAGUGAAAAUAAAGUUUAUAACAUUUUCUAAUAAAAUGAUAAUUAAAAGACAAUCAUUACGAGAUAAAAAAUGAAUUAAUGAUAAAUAAAACAAUUAAAAUAUAAUUAAAAAAUAAUUUAAAUAUUAUUAAUAUACUUAACACCAUCAAGUGCUAAAUAUUAUACCAAUGACUAUUAAUUAAUUAAAAAAGCUGCAAAUAAAACAAUAAAUAUAAUUUUUAAAAAAAGUGUUGUUGUCGUAAAAAAUCCUCACCAAAAUGCUGUUCAAUAUUUCCAGAAAAAAUUUCGUAUUCCUUUUACUUUUAAGUUCUAUUGUGAUUAUUGUCAUUAUUAUAUUCUGUGCAACAACAUCUGUUAAAACACAGUUUGAAUGUUUCAAUACGGAAGUGGAUACGAAAAAUUCAACAUUGGAAUUAGUGCAUAUAGUUUUGCGACAUGGUCCCCGAACACCAGUAGAUACCUACCCUAGAGAUCCUUAUGUAAAUAGUGGAUUUGAGCCUACCGGUUGGGGUCACAUAACCAAUAAAGGUAAAAGGGAGUUAUAUGAAUUGGGCAAAUUACUAAAUAAACGUUAUGGAAAGUAUAUGGAACCGUAUUAUACACCAGAUAAAGUUUAUGCCCAAGCUACUGCUUCCCCUAGAGCCAUGAUGACCUUAUCUACCGUUUUAGCCAGCAUGUUUCCACCCCAAAAUACUCCCAUGGAAUGGCAUCCUACUCUCAAUUGGCAGCCUAUACCCAUAUUCUCAGAACCCUUGGAUCAAGAUUCAUUGCUUUUAGUACGCACCCCUUGCCCUCGAUAUUUUGAGGCUCGAGAUGAGGUGUUCGAAUUACCCGAAGUUAAAGCGGAAAUGUUGAAAUACCAAUCUCUAUUCAAAAAUCUAACUGAACUAACGGGCAUGAAUGUGACUAAUGCUGAGCACAUCAAUUCUCUUUAUAUUACUCUGGAGGCGGAGAGAGAUUUUGGUUUGCCGCUACCCGAAUGGACGAAAGAUUAUUUCCCCGAUAAAAUGCAAUUUUUGGCUGAACAGAGUUAUGUUUAUAAUGCUUAUACUAGGGAAAUGCAAAAGAUAAAGGGUGGUCCUUUCCUAAAGAAAAUGUACGAUGAGAUGUUGAAGAAAAGGGCUCAAAAGCUUAAGCCUUUUGAUAGAAAAAUGUUUAUUUAUACGGGUCAUGAUUGGACAGUGGGUAAUAUAUUGUCUGCCUUAAAGGUAUGGGAUAGACAAAUGCCUAGGUUUUCGGUAAUGGCCAUAUUUGAACUGCAUAAAAAUCCCAUCACACAGGAGUAUUAUGUGGAGAUCUUCUUGCGCAAUGAUGAGCAGGGCUGCCUCAAACAAUUACAAAUACCCCACUGUGAUCUUAAGUGUCCGUUGGACAAGUUACUGCUGCUAAGUCAAGAUGUCUUGCCAAAUGAACCAUAUGCGGAGCGUUGUACUGCCAAAAAUAGCAAUUUCAUUGAACCACCACCAAGGCUGAUAGAUCAGUAAAGUUGUGGCUGUAAUACAUACCUUUUUGCACACAAGAGCUGGCCUUGCAACCAACUAACCAACCACCCUAUAAUUAGCUAUAAGUAUCUAGAACAAAUACAUAUUUAACCAGUAUUAUGGUUUUAAGUUGUUUAUAAAUUUUAUAAAAAUAAAUUUUGUAAAUUUGUAAUUAAAA